AUGUCAGCUAUAAAUGAUUAUGAGGAUGAUAAUGACGAUGAACAAGUAGAUGUAAAUAAUAUAGAGUUACUCAGUAAUUUGAACGAGAGAUUUAAGAGAUUACUAGAAGAUGAUCUAGAUGGUGUUCAUCUGUUUGUAGAUAGACAUUUCUUUCAGGUGAUGAAUUCUUUGGAGUUUGAUCGUUUCGUAGAGCGUUGCGCCAAUGUUAAUUUAUUGACGACAACCUUUAGUGCUACAAGAUUAGAUAGAUUGUCUUUGUUUGGUGAUGUAUCGUCGUCUUCGUCUUCUUCAUCGUCGUCUUCAAAACUAGUUGUUAUGAUUGCCAGUUAUCUCUGGGACUAUGCAGAUGCCAUAAAGAUGUUACUUUCACAUCACUCUUUCGAUGAGUGUCUUGUACUCAGUUCCAUGUCGGAACUGGCGCAUCUCUCACAUCCACAUCCAACACUGCCAUCCGCUCAAUCUUCAACUUCACCAAGUUCCUCUUCCACCUCCGCUAGUCACCACUCAGCAACUUCACCAAGCCCAACAUCACCCAACUCCACCUCCUCCAACAGUAAAUCAUCAUCAUCAUCAUCGGUUGGCAACACUCAUCAAUCAAUAUAUCAAAGAUUCCAAGCGGAUUUCAAAGAGUCUGCCGAUUGCUCUUCCAAUGAUUUCAGUUGUACAGUUCGAUACUUCCCUGCGUGUUACACGAUGUUGUCACCGAACUACUUUGUUCUUCCGGUUCAAAGCAGUGUGUUUCCACCACUCUACUUCACGGGACUGCAACAGCAACUCAAUCAAAGCAGUCAGAGCAGUCUGGUGUCAAGCUCCGUGAAGAACGACUUGAAGCAACAUGCAGGUAUCCAACAGGACAUUCACUUGACGACACACUCGCUUCUCUCUUUCAUGUCUGAUCUCAAACUUGGCUCGGCAUCGGGCGAAGAUCUACACAUCUAUCCGGUCGGAUCGUUCGCUGGCUACUUGGCCAACGAGAUACACACGGUUCUCUCAACAGUACACAAAGAUCAAACCGAAGAUUAUCAUCCUAUUUCACUGGUUCUGGUGGAUCGAUAUCUUGAUUUAGUUGGACCGUGCUCACACUCUGAGAAUGCACUCGAUCGCAUCUUCCAAACGGCAAUGGUACAUGACACACAGAUGCCAGACAUCAAUAUCAGUCCACUUUAUAAUAGACAACCAUAUAAAUAUCAACAAGCUUUAAAUAAUAAGAAUCAACAACAACAACAAUCAACAACAUCUUCUUCAAUAUCAAAUCUAAUAACACCAUUACAUAGAAUAUUCGGUACGAUGAAUAUGCAAGGUGAUAAUGAUCGUAUUUGGGUGACGUUGGCAAGUAAGACACUGAGAGAAGCUGUUGUACUAUUGAAGCGACGUGUUGUUGAUAUUGUAUCGCAUGAAAACAUCAACAUUGACAUUACAUCGAUCACAAGCAAUGCCGGUGGUGCUAUGAAUCCGAAUGGACUGAUUCAAUUGGUCGAACUACUUAAAUCACAUAAUCUUGCAUUCAAAUAUAGAGAUGACAUACAGGCAUUGUGUGCAGUUAUCGAAACACUUCAAUGUAGUCAUCAUCAACACUGGGACAACCUGUUAUCAUUGGAAAAGAUAUUAUUACUCUCUGCAGGUUACAGUAAUAAUAAAUCAAAUGAUAACGAUGAUGAUGAUGAUGAUGAUGACGACGAUGAAGAUGAAGAAGAAAGUUUAUUAAGUCAAAUAUCAGAGAUUAUAAAUUCACCUAUAUCAUCUUCAGAUGAAAGUAAAUAUUCAUUAAGAGAGAUUAUAUCGUUAUGUUUAUUUGCAUUCUCGUUGGUCGGUGAAAGAUCAUUCUCAAAUGACGAUCAAUCAAAGUUGAUCAAUGCACUUCAAUUAAGAAUAGAGAAUCUAGAGGAAUCUGAAAAGAACGAUGAAAUAUAUAAAGAGUUAUUUAGUGAUAUCUUCGAUGAAAAUGAAGAGGAAGAAGAUGAUGAUGAGAGUGGUGGUAAUAAAUCAAGUGAAGUAAAACUAAGAGAAAGAUUGAAUUUGUUGUUGGAUAUCAUGGAGAUUGUUGCUCGUUCCAGGAAGAACUUGACAGAGUUCACUUCGUUGCUGAGAGGUGGCAUGUCUGGUAGUACCUACAAGUCGUUAAUGACUCAGCUCGUAUCGGCAAUGCUAGAGCAGACUGAAAGCAAGGAGAUCAAGGCAUUGGAGCGUUUCAACCCAUCGAAACUCGGAUCGUUACUCGGUUUUGGCUGGGGUCGCUCAAAGAAGUUGCACCGUGUUGUAGACACACGUAAGAUCAUUAUCUACGUAUUGGGUGGUCUAACAUUCUCAGAGCUCAAAGAUCUACAAGACACCAUCGAGAAAUCACAAAGAACUAACAAAUCACUAUCACAACAUCAGAUUUUAUUGGGUGGAACCAACAUUGCAACUUCCACUUCAAUUAUUUCAGGUAUUACAAAUAUAUUAACAGAUAAAUUGCAAUCAUAA